CAACUAUGCUGAGAAGGUGUUCGCGUCAGACGUUACAAUGCUACGUCAUGCGUAAACGGUAGCGGAAAGUCCUACUGCCAAAUCUGUGCUAUUGGAUGCGAAGCUUCGAAUUUGCUCUUGUUCGUUUGGAGUGUUUUGCUCGUAGGGGGUUCUAGGACCUACUGAGGAAGAUGAUGCACUCUUUCCGGAGGAAACCAGUCCUUUAUUAUAGAGAAGACAGUCGAGGCCUGCUGUGUGGAAUUCUGUCAAGAAAGUGUACGAUUUUCAAGCUGUUCAGCCUAUGUCUUAUGAUUGUAUUUCUUUCCCUGCUAUGGCUUCAACUGAGCUGCCCAGGUAAUACCACAGUUGCAAAGGAAAAGCAUCUCUCACAAAAAGACUGUCCAACAGAAAAGGUGGUCUUGCUUGAAGAUGAUCCUUCUUGGGGAGCUCACAAGUUGGCAGUGGUUGUCCCCUUCAGGGAACGGUUCGAGGAGCUCCAGGAAUUUGUCCCAUAUAUUCAUAGCUUUUUAAACAGGAAGAAAAUACGUCACAGAAUUGUUGUGAUAAACCAAGUGGAUCAUUACAGAUUCAACAGGGCAUCACUUAUUAACAUCGGGUUCCUGGAAAGUGGGAAUGAUACAGACUACGUUGCCAUGCAUGAUGUGGACUUGUUGCCGCUGAAUGAAGAACUUGAUUAUGGAUUUCCAGAGCAGGGUCCUUUCCAUGUGGCAUCGCCAGAACUCCAUCCUCUGUAUCACUAUAAAACCUACGUGGGUGGAAUACUCUUACUCACCAAACACCAUUUUCAGUUGUGUAAUGGGAUGUCAAAUCGUUUCUGGGGCUGGGGACGUGAGGAUGAUGAGUUUUAUCGAAGGAUUAGAACAGCAGAGUUGCAGCUUUAUCGCCCCACUGGAAUCAAGACUGGAUAUGAUACAUUCCGACACAUCCAUGAUCCAGCCUGGCGGAAGAGAGACCAGAAGCGUGUAGCCUCACAAAAACAGGAGCAGUUCAAAGUGGAUAAAGAAGGAGGUUUGAGUAACCUGCGUUAUACAGUCCAGCGGAGAUCUGAAAUCAUCAUAGAUGAAGCACCGUGCACAGUGGUCAAUGUCUUGUUAGAGUGUGACCAGGCAGAAACCCCGUGGUGUCUACAUAGCUGAUAAGAUGCCCUCUGUAGUCUUCAGGCUUUAGUGUAACAGAGGGCAUCCUGCAGACCAGUGGAGCAUUGUAUUACUGGUGGAAAGACUGCCCUGUUACUUGAAAUGGACCAGACACUGUGCUUCUUGGACCACCCUCUGCUGCUGCUCUGUGGAGAGGCAGGAGUUUAUCCACAGCUUGACACUUCAUAAUUAGGUGCCCUGGUUGAAGGCUUAUCUUUCAGUAUCAGAAUAAUACUUUUUAGGUGGAAAUGAGAAGGGAAUUCCAUUUUGCAGUCAAAACAGUCAGUGCUUUAUGGCAGCAGCAGUGUGUUCAUUGUCCUGGCCGAAGGUUGCUAAGUUGCAUAGGUUAUUUGUGCACUAGUAGACUGCUAACUUGGAAUUUGUUUACUUGAAGUAUGAUGCUGGCUGAAGUGAAAGCCACAUUUUUUUAUCAGCCCUGCAUUCAAUUUCCAUUAAUUUUGGUCAUUGAGCAAAGACUAUUUCUAACAUUUUCCCAUGUCUCUAUGCAUGUCCUUGUUGACUUGUGGAUAAAGUAUAUACCUUACAUAAACUGUGGUUAAUACACAGACAGGGUGAACAGAUCAAGACUGCUGUUGACAUGUUGCAGAAAGAAAACAAGUGCUUCCAUCUGCUCAAAGACCAUUUGCAAGCAUUAUUUUUGGGUCUCAGAAACAACAUAUUUUACUUUAUAUUCCAUCAAGUCAUUGUCAGUUUAAAGUAAAUUUUUAAUUUAUUUUUAUUUUA